AGUUCCACUCCUGUCCUGCUAGUGGCAGCAGUGCGUCGCUGUGCUCUGCUGGCAAAAACAACGUCGGUGACAGAAUUUAUUCGCAGAUUGUUGCCACAUCGAGAGAAGCCGAGCCAGAGGUUACCUGAGCGGAAAGUGGAAGAACAUAGCUGAACUCCCUCCCUGUCCUGUUGCCGGUCCCCCUGACGACCUCCACCACCACCACCUCCUUCCUCACCCUCCACCUCCUCUUCCUCCCUCCAGUCGCCCCUGUGAUGCCUCCCUCGUGCUGUGGCUGCCUGUCACAGUACACGCAUCAUCACCUGGUUGCUUUCCUGCUCACCUUUUUUAGCUAUGUGCUGCUACAUGCGUCCAGGAAGACGUUCAGCAAUGUGAAAGUGAGCAUCUCAGCCCAGUGGACACCAUCCAUCCAGAAUGAGAGUCUGUCCCCUGACAAGACAUGGGAGGACAAUCAUCUGUUUGCAGAUGAAAAGCAAGCCACUCUGUUCCUGGGAGCUCUGGACUCCAUCUUUCUAUUCUCAUACGCAGUGGGUCUGUAUCUCAGUGGUGUGGUUGGGGACAGAGUGAACCUCCGGUAUGUGCUGUGCUUCGGCUUGUGUGGCUCUGCCGUGGUGGAGUUUGUGUUUGGCACUCUCACUGAAUGGCUCCACAUCUACAACAUCUAUCUGUACUGCAGCCUGUGGGUGCUGAACGGCCUGCUGCAGUCAGCCGUCUGGCCCUGCGUGGUGGCUGUCAUGGGCAACUGGUUCGGCAAGACAGGCCGUGGCUUCGUGUUUGGCCUGUGGAGUGCUUGUGCCUCCGUAGGCAACAUCCUGGGGGCCUUUCUGGCUUCUAGUGUGCUCAAGUAUGGAUAUGAGUAUGCCUUCCUGGUGACCUCAGUGGUGCAGUUUGCCGGUGGGGUGGUGGUGUUCUUCGGCCUGCUUACCUCACCAAAAGAAGUCGGUUUAAGCUUGGAGUCAGAGACUGUGCUGAGCCCGCUAGAGACGGACGCAGAAAGCCACAGGCCUUUGAUGAGCGACGAGGAGGAUGAGGUGGAGGUGAACAGCAGGCGGUACCAGCCAGCUCAGCAGCCAGAGGAACCUCUGCCUGAGUCUCCUCAAGCAAUCGGCUUCUUCCAGGCUUUCUGUCUGCCUGGAGUCCUUCCUUAUUCCUUGGCUUAUGCAUGUCUGAAGCUGGUCAACUACUCCUUCUUCUUCUGGCUCCCCUUCUACCUGAGCAACAACUACGGCUGGAAGGAGGCUGAGGCCGACCGCCUGUCUGUGUGGUAUGAUGUCGGAGGAAUCAUCGGAGGGACAGUUCAGGGUUUGAUAUCUGACUUCAUGGGAAAGAGAGCCCCAGUGGUGGCCAUUAGUUUGGCGCUGGCGAUGGGAGCCCUGGUGGGAUACAGCCGUUCACCUAAUGACCAGGUGAUAAACGCCGUGCUAUUGGCUACCACUGGCUUCUUCAUCGGCGGUCCAUCUGGUAUGAUAAGCUCCGCCAUAUCUGCUGACCUGGGCAGACAGGAUGCUCUGAGGGGGAGUCAGGAGGCUUUGGCUACCGUCACUGGCAUAGUGGAUGGAACUGGGAGUAUAGGAGCAGCUGGGGGACAGUACCUGGUGUCCCUGAUUGAGAGCAAGCUGGGCUGGAUGUGCGUCUUCUACUUCUUCAUCGUCAUGACAGGGGGCAGCAUUGUGUUCAUCGCCCCUUUGCUCAUCAGGGAGGUGCUCGCCAUGUGGAGAGACAGGCAAGCACUGCGCCACCAGCUGUGAAACAUCUGACAGCCGUGAUGUCUCUGCUCUCAUCUGUGACAACACUGCAGGGCUGCUCAGACACUCACCUUAUAGGUGAGUUUUGGAAGGUUUUUGGUGACACCGUUUUCUGACAGCCACAGGUCCAAGGUGACCAGGGGUUAGAGAGCCAGCAACAACUGAUUUUUGGAGCAUCCAGAGAGUAUUUGAGCACAACACUGAAGUCUUAUCCACUUACUAAAAGCCUGGAAAUGUAAAUACAAGGAUUUAGGGGUUAAGUUUAAGUGCCUGAUUUUAAAAAAGAAAAAAAAAACAAGAAAAGGCUUUUAAAGGGACCUUGCUGUCGGGCACAACCAAUCUGUGAAUUCAACACAGAAUUUACUCGUGUAAAAAGCCCUGCGAUUGACUGGCGACCAGUCCAGGGUGUACCCCGCCUCUCGCCCGUAGUCGGCUGGGAUAGGCCCCCCGCGACCCUGACGGAUAAGCGGUAUAGAAAAUGGAUGGAUGGAUGUACUCGUGUAUAUAAUUUGAAUUUUGGCCUUUUAAUCAGGAGUUCUUAACUUCUCUCCCUGCCCUCUGAGACAAUUUUGGGGCUUGGGAUUGCAUAAAGAAUGUGAAAAAUUAUUGUAAAGUAGUAAUGCGUUGUCAUCUUUUGUAGAUAUGUAUCAUAUUUUAGUUGUUUCUGGUUGAGGUAAUGAAUAUUGCACUGUAGUAUUCUAACAGUAAAUAUUUAGUCUUGAAGAUUUUAGUGAACCACUCAGAUCUUAGCUGGACUUUGGGAAAUGUUCACCUGAUUUGUCUCAUUUUGUGAAAUCAGGGUCAGAAAAUGUACUGUUCAGCCUUUUCAGUACGGGGACUGGUCCUCUCAAUUCUGGUUAUGUAUCUGUCACUGCCUUGAUAUUUUCUCAUGAUUUCUUUUUCACUUCCUGUGCACUGGAAUGUUUUUUGCUUCAAGUCAUAGUGUCUUAAGUUGCACACACAAACUGACAGAAAUGCAAUUUGAAGAAUCUCCCACGGUCCUCCCUCACGUUUAGUUUACAGUGCAGCAUGCACAUGCAACACGCAGCGAAGUGUAAAAUGUAUACUGACAUUGCUUAAGAGAAAAGUUUGGCCAGUUUGUGGCAGAAAAUGCACAUUUGUUUGUGACUGUGAAAACAUUGUCUGUUAUCAUGCUUUAAAAGCCAAGUAAGACAAAAGACGAAUGUUUUUUACACUGUAAUUAUUCAUGAUCACAGUGUUGAAAUUGUCAUACACCAGCUGUAUGUCAGGUAAUGUUUGGACAGGUUGUCUGCAUUACUUGACACUUUGGUCAUUAAUCAAGUCAUCAUUUUGGUUAAAAUGAGAGAGGGAGAGAGAGAGAGAGAGAGAGAGAGUGGAACUUGUCGUUUUCCAGCCAGUAUGGCCAAUAGACAAAACAAGUAAUUUGUUCCAUUGCAUGCAGGUACAUGAAUCACCAUGUAAAGUGCUUUUGAGACAAGUUCCUAAUACUAAACCUGUAGCUGUGGAGCUGACAAUGAGACUUGCCAAGUAAAACAUAAAAGAAAAGUACAUUUAAAUGUAUGUGGAAUGUGUAACACUAUCUGUGGUGUAUUUUUUUUAUUUAUGUGUACUUUUAAAGUUUUAACCAUUGUAAAUGCAAAUUUUCACUUUAAAUAAAUGCAAAUUACAUUUUGCAAAUUGUGACCUAUCUUGUGCAGACCUACAGAAUAUUUUAGAUAAGCUAGUUAUAUUACCACUCUGGUCUUGUAACUACUAUAUUCUUUCUGGUCUUUAAUUUAUUACAGCCUCUAAGUUGCUUUAAGUCACAUAAUUUACAGUAAAAAUAAAUAAAUAAAUAAAUAAUUUAAUUAUCAGUUGUAUGUUUUCAAAAACCACCAGAGGGUGCCAUAAAGUCGAGAAGGAGCCUUAAGCUUUUUCUCCUCUUAGUACACAACACUUAAACAGGAGUGGAAACAAAAAACUUUAGACCAGCGUUUUGUGGUUUAUAUCAGCCUCAUUCACUGACAGUUUAUUAUUCCGAGCUCACUAUAAAAUCAACAGUAUGAAAGGCAACAGUGCACCAACAACCCAGCAAUAUAAUAUUUUCUGUACAAUAUUAUCAAAAAGGAUAUGAUUCUGAUCCCAUACAAAUACACUUCUUACAUGUUGCAAGGAUACAUAUACCAGUAUUAAAUUACAACACAUUUAUUACAAUUGGUGUACAAAGAUUAUCAUACAUUCAUGCAUAUACAAAAAAACAAAAAACAAAAACGCUACACUUUUAUAUAGCUGCAACAGGAGAAUUAGGAAAGCAAAGUUUGCUAGGGCACAGAGAGACACAAAGCAGAUUGAUCCUGACUUUUAUUAUCUCAAUUUUUCAUGUAUUUUAUUUCCUCCAAACAGACUUGAGGAAAAUGAACAAAGCUGCAAUGAAAUCCCAAAGAACUAAUGAACAAAUAUCAGAUACUGUGUUAAACAGUGUCACAAGUCUGACUGGAGGACAUAAAUAAGCAUUUAUAUCAUAAUAAUACAAAUGGUAAAUGUCAAGAAAUUUCUAAUCUGUGCCUCAGUUUCUCCAUGAGUAUUUGUAUGUUUUUUUUAAGAUUACUAAAAAAAUAGUUCUCUUGUCAACAAUGUUUAAAGUAGUGCAAAGAUAUAGUUUCAGAAAUAACACAAUUAGUUAGUUAUAGCCAAAAAUAGGGAAUUUAUAAUUAUUUCCCCUCUUGACAAAUGAUACAAACUCAAAAUAAGUUAAUAGACUUUUGAAAGUUUCUUCUUUAACACACUGAGAAGAUAGGUGCACUCAAACACUGACUCACACACACACACACACACACACACACAAUCCUGACAAAUUCAAAAUGAUUUCAAAUAGCCAUGGUGUUUGCUAUUUUUAGAUCUGCGAUGGCCUUGUUGAGCCAUGAAAGAAUAACAUGAUUAUGAACAACUGCUUUCAUGCCGAUGUCUGGCAGAGACUGAGCCGGCUGGGUCAUGAAAGAGAGGCUGAGAGCCUUUUAAAGUGGGGGCACACAAAAGCGUGUCUGAAUUGGAGGCCACUUGUCUGGCCGGAGAAACCCUUUGAUCCAGAAGGGGUCUGAGACGUUUUCUCGUUUCCUAUUAAAGUUAGUCCCUUAUCCCCCCCCCCCCAGUGACUCCUCUGCUGAGCCUGUCUGUCUGUCUGUCUGACUCUGGGAGAGCUGUCAAACGAAAGUGAGGCAGCAAGAGAGGGAGAGACAACAAAAGCCGCCCAACCCCAUGGGGGGACGGGACGGGAGUUUCCUCUGAGUGGAGCUGGGCCCCGAUCUGACACAGUGACUCUUUUACCUGAUGUGAAACUCUACACGGAGCUCUAAACCUCGACAGCUUUCACCACAACAGAAUAAUAAGACCCCCCCCCCCACUUCUCACCGCCGAUGCAAACAACCUGAGCUACAUUGGUUUUGUUUUGUUUUUUUCAUGUAUCUAGCUUGUGUGUAUUUAACUUGUUUGUCUUACUGAAUCACAUGCUGAGGUAGUAAGAGUGGAUUAAUGCAAGUUAUGGCUUUUUAUCCUUAUACAAAUUAGAAUUUCUGUGAGUAGGGAUAAAACUGCUGGUCGCCAAAACUGUUAGCUAAGCUUCUGUGGUGUUUUGACACUCUGUCUUUGAAGAUCUGGACAUCCUUGAGACUUUGUGUGACCCAUAACUGAUCACCCAAAACAGUGAGCGACUUGUGUAAGUCAAGAGUUUUUGAUUUAAUGGCAGAGCAAUUUUCUCUUUGGUUCAACUGCCUCAGCUGCCACAGCCCAGGACAGAAAACCCUCAAGACAAACACCAAACCGACACAGUCAUACACAAACACUUAUAGGCAUAUAUACACAAUGCAAAUACUUAGUGCGGCGCCAGAACUGCAGAAAAUGCGAUGCAGCCUAACUUCAUAU